AUGGCUGCCGCUGCUUCACCGGCUGAGAUGAUCCCUCAGCUUGAAGCAGCGCGUAAAGUCGCCCUUGCAGACCCUCAAGUGUACAAUCAAGUUCUGCCCGGAAUCCUGCCUAUCAUCGGCCCUAAUGCGCACCUCGAAGUACGAAGAUGGGGUGCAGAUUUCCUCGCCGAAGCAUUCGCAAGCCCGUCAAUGCCGACGCCGCAGAAAGAGCAAUUGUCCUCGGAGGUGAUACCAAGUCUACGGGCCAUGCUGGAGAUGCCUGGGCAGGACAUGGAAGUAAUAAAGAGCGUGGUGCAAGCAGCAGCUAGUCUAUACCCACUGGUCUUCAGAAGAGUCAUUUCGCGGCCAAACGACGGAGCACUGUGGCCGGAUAUGAACAGUAUGAAGUUUAACAUUCUCCAGCGCAUGGAUUCUGCUCCAGUCGCAAUCAGAAUAUGUUGCAUCAAGUUUGUGCAGAAGGUUGUGCAGGUAGAAACACCAGGAGUCAUUUCAGAUCCUCGACGUCCCGAUCAAAACGAGAUAUCCAUAGCCCUGGUCCCGAGAACGCAUCCAUUCCUACAAUUACCGAACCUGGAGGCAGAAGCAUCUGGCUUGUUAGACAGACUGCUGGGUGUCUUUCAGGAAUCCACUAUGGAUCCCAUUGUUAUUGAUGCCACGCUGAACUGCUUAGCCGUCCUUAUUCGAACCAGACCUCCAAUAUCGACCAAGAUUGUUUCUGCCAUCUUGAACUUCAACCCUAUCAAGCAAGUCAAUUCACCAAUAACUCCUCGAGAUAUUGUCAUUGUACGAUCCAUGGAAAGAACAACAAGAGCCCUUUUGCGAUGGGUUUUACGGACGUGUCCGAACCAUCCGCUUGAGCAGAAGAUCCAGGCAUAUCUGAUGCGUUUACAGCAGUCACGCGCAACAAUGUUCAUGGAAUCAACAGCCCAGAAACGUCCAGCCGAACCCACUGACGGCUUGGACGAUGCAAAGAGGCAGAAGCUGACAGGAGGACCACGCAAAUUCCCACCCAUGCCACCACCACCCAACUCCUUCGCCCACCUGUUCACUCUUACAGAUGACCCCAGCCUACAACAAUUCGACGUAACUCUCCUCCCUGCCGAUAUAGUCAGUACAGUCACAGCUGUUUUUCUACAGCACGUGGACUCGAACUCGCUGGAUGAAGCGAUAAAUGCAGUUCGAGCCAGGUAUCAUCACCUACAAAAGGUCACCCAGCCCACACCUAUACCCGAUAUACCGAUGAUGGGUCCGACCGGGAUCGACGACGACGAUGACUACGACCCAGAGUUUGUGUCCAGCCCUGAUCUUAUGGUUGUUCCCAGCAGCACGGAUAAAGCUCUUGAGGAACUUGCUCAACCAGUCCUUGAUCUGGGGCCUUUCGAACUACCAAAACCUCCUCCUCUGACCGGCGCGGAAGUGGCCACGCUAUCUGAUCAAACCGUCAGUCACGUCUUCCAGUUAGUCACUUCGCUGGAAGCUGCUGGACAAUCACAUGCAAAGCAGAAAUUGGGCUUCAAUCGUCUCGCCGCUAGUACUAAUGAUCGCGAUUCCUGGAUCACCAUCCUCAUGCGCCUUGCAACCAGAGCACCAGCUGGUCUGGAUGAUGUCGCACACUCAUUAACCGACUACGACUCGCCAAGCAGUGUUGUCAAAUUAGAGGAUAUCGAAGCACCCAACGUUGCCAACCGUAUCAGGCAGACGAUCUUCAUGUAUAUUCUGGACGACUUCCGCGCACGUCUCAACAUUGCCAUAUCGUGGCUGAAUGAAGAGUGGUACGCGGACAAGUUGAUCGCAAAGACACAUCCAGAGCUCAAACAUUUGCCCAAUUACAGCCGCUGGGUAGGCCGUCUCCUCGAUCGACUCCUACCAUAUCUGGACGCUAGGGACAAGAACUUGCUGAUCCGAUUUUUGUCUGAAAUUCCGGCAAUCGAUCGCGAAGUCUUGGACAGAGUCAAGACUCUAGCAAGCGAUCCCGAAAGACUCAGCAUGUGUAUCCUGUCGAUGCAGUAUCUGUUGAUGCUGCGUCCUCCAGUCCGGGAUGUUGUCCUGGACACCAUUGAAAGUAUCUGGCAUGAGGGAGACGCACAGGCGAAGAACGUAACAGCGAAGGUUCUGACCAAAUGGAGGCCCGGUUGGAAUCAAGAUGUCAAGAAGGACGAGACCGAGCUCAAAGACGAGGCACAGGUGAAUGGUGUAAAAUCCCCGCCCAGUGUGAAAGCAGAGACUGUUGACCCGAGGAAGAGAAAUGUCCGGAUGGCCGUCACUGCAGGCGAUGGUUCAUAA